UGCAGUGAGCUGAGAUUGCACCACUGCACUCCAGCCUGGGCGACAGAGUGAGAGACUCUGUCUCAAAAAAAAAAAAAAAAAAAAAGAAAGGCAUCGGUCUUCCCAAAUAUAACCCUGGGUGGCCCUAAGGUUGGUUCUCAGAUAUAUAAAAAAUCAACUAACUGGAGUUGUAACCCUCAGAUAUAAAAGGAUAGAUUUGCUAGGAAUUAAGGAAAUUUCCCAGCAGUUGCUAGAAUGUGGUGGAAGGGACUGUUGCAGAGAUGGACUCUGAAGUGUUCCUGCUCCAUAGUCCCACAGCUCCAUCACCUCACAGCCUUGAAGGAAGUGGUAGGGAUGGCGCACUCACUGGUUUAGGUAAAUGAGUAGGAAGCAGCCCCAGAUGGAGUUGCUUUAUGAUUAUUAACACCUUGGGGAGGAUGGCAGGACAGAGAGUGGGCUCUCACUGACAGAUGAGGACACUGUAGCUCCAAGAAUAGGUGACCUGCCUUCAGGGUUAAGGACCCAGCCUGCUCUGGCCUACAUGAUUCUGAGAAAUGGGCCAAAGAAGCAGGAAGAGACAAAAUUGACAUACAGAAGAAAGAAAUCUCAAGUAUAGGAGAAAAGCAGCCUCCUUCUCAGUCUGGGAGGGAAGAAGGGCUGGAGGGGCUGGGCAGGGCGGGGCUUUUGGCGAAAACUGAGUCCCUCCUCCCAGAUCCCCCACUGGGCCGGUGGCUCCUGCAGCCCUGCCAGUUAGGAACAAAUGAGAAGAGCUGCUGAUUUCCUCCCUUGGACAUUCAGAAUUUUCUCACAUAAAUACUGAGGAAGACCCUGCCCUCUCCUCACUUCUCUGGACUUGGCCCUGAGCUGGACCUGGUCCACUGGGGUAGGCAGGGUGAUGGGGAACCUGUUUAUGCUCUGGGCAGCUCUGGGCAUAUGCUGUGCUGCAUUCAGUGCCUCUGCCUGGUAAGUCCUUUCCCAACCCUCACUCCUUGCCAAGGAGGCCCCCAUUGUCUCAUCCCCAUUCACCUCUGCCUCACUUUUUCUCUUUUUGGUAGGUCAGUGAACAAUUUCCUGAUAACAGGUCCCAAGGCCUAUCUGACCUACACGACUAGCGUGGCCUUGGGUGCCCAGAGUGGCAUCGAAGAGUGCAAGUUCCAGUUUGCUUGGGAACGCUGGAACUGCCCUGAAAAUGCUCUUCAGCUCUCCACCCACAACAGGCUGAGAAGUGCUACCAGAGAGACUUCCUUCAUACAUGCUAUCAGCUCUGCUGGAGUCAUGUACAUCAUCACCAAGAACUGUAGCAUGGGUGACUUCGAAAACUGUGGCUGUGAUGGGUCAAACAAUGGAAAAACAGGAGGCCAUGGUUGGAUCUGGGGAGGCUGCAGCGACAAUGUGGAAUUUGGGGAAAGGAUCUCCAAACUCUUUGUGGACAGUUUGGAGAAGGGGAAGGAUGCCAGAGCCCUGAUGAAUCUUCACAACAACAGGGCCGGCAGACUGGCAGUGAGAGCCACCAUGAAAAGGACAUGCAAAUGUCAUGGCAUCUCUGGGAGCUGCAGCAUACAGACAUGCUGGCUGCAGCUGGCUGACUUCCGGGAGAUGGGAGACUACCUAAAGGCCAAGUAUGACCAGGCACUGAAAAUUGAAAUGGAUAAGCGGCAGCUGAGAGCUGGGAACAGCGCCGAGGGCCACUGGGUGCCCGCUGAGGCCUUCCUUCCUAGCGCAGAGGCGGAACUGAUCUUUUUAGAGGAAUCACCAGAUUACUGUAGCUGCAAUUCCAGCCUGGGCAUCUAUGGCACAGAGGGUCGUGAGUGCCUACAGAACAGCCACAACACAUCCAGGUGGGAGCGACGUAGCUGUGGGCGCCUGUGCACUGAGUGUGGGCUGCAGGUGGAAGAGAGGAAAACUGAGGUCAUAAGCAGCUGUAACUGCAAAUUCCAGUGGUGCUGUACGGUCAAGUGUGACCAGUGUAGGCAUGUGGUGAGCAAGUAUUACUGCGCACGCUCCCCAGGCAGUGCCCAGUCCCUGGGUAAGGGCAGUGCCUGAUAAUACCCCACACAAGUUCACUUGAUUAAUUGCAUCAGUGGAAGGGGACAUAGCUUCUCUCUUAGAGAGAACAGAUUGGAAAGCAAUCGGAAAAUUGCAGUUUUCGUCUGUAGUCCUCAUGAUAUCUGCUAUCAGUGGGGAAAAUAGAGGCCCAAGAUUCUACAGCAUAUUCCUGGCGGGGCUGAAAUUGGAACCUGGGCCUCCUGACUUUGGCAGACCCCCAUUUCAUCUUUCCUGCAAACUACUUUCCCAUCUUUGUGCCUGUACUUAUGCAGCUUUCUACAGGGAGAGUUUGGUUUGGGGUCUAUAUCUAGAGGGACCUUCAAAGUAUUUGUUCCUUUAAAUUUCAGACCAUGUCCAACCCAGCUGUGCUGCUGGGAAUCAGGAGAAUAGAAGCAAAAAAUGAAAGAGUUCUGUUCAGACUUCUGAAGAGCAGCCUGUGGCUACAAAUCUAUGCUGAUAAAUGAGGUAAAGACCACAUAUCUGCCUACUGGAAAGUUUUAGAGUGUUGGAUUUUCUUUCCCCCAAGUAUGCACUUUUGAAAAGCUCUUCCUCCAGCCUGGACAACAUAGGAAGACACCAUCUCUACACAAAAUUUAAAAAUUAGCUAGGUGUGGUGGCACUUGCCUGUAGU